AUGGUUCUGUGCGUUAUUCCUGGCUGUGGGAAUAGAACUGGUCGAGAUCAAGGAGUGGGAUUUUAUCGUAUACCAGCAGUCGUUACUAAUAAAGGAGAAUUUGAGGAAAAGCUAACUGCAGAGAGGAGAAAAGAGUGGAUCAAAGCGAUUAGUCGCGGCGAUACGGAGGAAAAGCAAGUUCUUGAAAGCGAACGUGUGUGUGGCAAACAUUUUGUCAGUGGAAAGCCAGCUCCUUAUUGGAAUAGGUACCAUGACGAUUGGAUACCGACUCUAAAUCUCGGAAAGAAGAAAUAUGGCCCUGAAGUCGAUGUUAAAGCCAAUGCACAGAGGACCGAGAGGGCAAAGAAGCGAGAACAACUUGCAAUUGCCCGCCAAGAACGCGAAGUGGCAGACAAGCGGAAAAAGCUUAAUGAAAGCAGCCUUCCUGUUGCUGAGAUUGACUUUGGCGAGCCAAGCACUUCGACCAAGGAAAUUCAAAAUGAAGGGACCGAAGGAUCUAGCGAUGAAACAUUUUCUGUGACUCAAACCGAAGAGCUUUGCGAAGGAGAAGAAAUCGCACCGGAAGUAGGUGUAAAGGACGCCGAAUGCCAAAUUAACCCUGACACAAAGGAGGGAUGGUGCCAAACCGCGGAGUUUGAGUAUAUGUUUCAGAAAAACAAGUACCAAGCACCAGGUAAAGAUUUCUUUGAUUCGGAUGAUAAAGUCCGUUUUUACACUGGCCUCCCUUCAAUGGAAGUGCUGAUGGUUGUCUUCGAUCAUGUGUCCCCAUAUGUAACUCGACAAACACAGUCGCUGGAUCGAUUUCAAGAGUUUAUGAUUGUACUCAUGAAACUAAGAUUAAAUGCACCGCUACAGGAUCUUGCCUACCGAUUUUCUGUGUCAGUGUCCACCAUUUCAAGAGUAUUUUAUCAUUGGAUUGUGGUGAUGGAUUCGAGAUUAUUUCGCUUUGUUUACUGGCCAAACAGAGACCAACUUUGGAAGACCAUGCCCCAGUGCUUUCAGUAUGCAUUUGGGAAGAAAACCACCGUGAUCAUUGAUUGCUUUGAGGUAUUCAUUGAAAAGCCUUCCAACUUGCUGGCCAGGGCACAGACUUUCUCAAGUUACAAACAUCACAAUACCAUCAAGGUUCUAGUAGGGAUAACUCCACAGGAACUAUCUCUUUUUUUUUUCAGAAGGCUGGGGAGGUCGUGUCUCAGAUAA